AUGCCGUCUAAAUCACCUGCGCAAGUCCUGCUUGAGAAGGCCGACAAGAAGGCCAACUCCUCCACUGGCUGGUUUACUUCUGCUACCUCGAAGUUUGAGGAGGCCGGCGAUCUCUAUCAGCAAGCCGCCAAUGCGUUCAAGCUCGAGAAGCUGUUCAAGGAAGCGGGGGAUGCAUUCGCCCGAGAAGCUGAAUGCAGAGAGCAAUGCAAAGAGGGGAAUGAAGCGGCCAAUGCUUGGUGGAACGCCUCCAAGGCCUACAAGAGAGGAUUCCCUGAUCUUGCUAUCCAGGCCCUAACACAAACUAUCGUCCAUCUUACUCAAGGGGGUCGCUUCAGGCAGGCUGCGGAUAGAGAAAAAGAAAUUGGGCAGAUCUAUCUUCAGGAGUCUAACGAUCUCCGAAGAGCUUGUGAAAGUUACGUUCGGGCAGGAGAUUGGUAUGCCCAAGAAGAUGCCACUGCAACGGCCAAUGCAUGCUAUAAAGAUGCGGCCGACCUUCAUGCCGAUCUCGACGAAUACCCGCAAGCCAUCGCUCGAUACGAACAAGUCGCUGAUCAUUCACUUGGGUCCGCUCUAACGAAGUACAGCGUUAAGGAAUAUUGGCUUCGAGCUGGACUAUGCGCGCUCGCGAUGAAUGAUACGGUCACAGCAAAGCGAAACAUGCAAAAGUACUGCAAUCAGGACUCUACUUUUGCCACCACGCGUGAAGCCAAGUUCAUUAGUGCCUUGACUGAGACGGUAGAGGCUGGCGACGUGGAAUCCUUCACGGGUGCUAUUGUUGAGUUCGACCAGGUCACGAAACUCGACAACUGGAAGACCAACAUUCUCCUCAAGAUAAAGCGGGGAAUUCAAGAGGAACCUAGCCUGACUUGA